AUGGCGGAAGAAAAAGCGCCCGAGGUCAUUGACUACACUCUCAACAACCCCGACACUCUGACCAAGUACAAGACUGCUGCUCAGAUUUCCCACAAGGUUCUCGAGGCCGUCGCUCCUCUCUGCAUUGAGGGUGAGAAGAUUGUCGAGAUCUGCCAGAAGGGUGACAAGCUCCUUGACGAGGAAAUCGCCAAGGUCUACAAGGGCAAGAAGAUCGCCAAGGGUAGGUUCCCAUUUCCCCUCCCCCGCCAGCUCCGAUGA